CAUUAUUCCUGCUGGCCUUAAUCCCCAGCGUUUGGGCCUAAUAUAUUCGCGCGGCUCGCAGCAAUCGCUCGGACAGCGAUCUUGAACAAUCCCACAGGCAAUUUCAGCAAAGUGACACUGCAGACCAUCGCGCACAUGGCUACUUCGGAUCCCACCUUGCACCUACCACGCAUUCUGUGCAUCCACGGUGGUGGUGUGAACGCGACAAUCUUCAAGGCCCAAUUUCGCGCGUUCCUCGGGCACGAAAAGCUCAAGAAUCGGUAUCGGUUUGUCUUCGUGGACGCGCCCUUCUUCUGCGACGAAGGGGUCGGCGUACACCCCGUGUACUCGGAUUGGGGCCCGUUUCGAAGGUGGUUCCGUUGGCUCGACUCUCACCCGGAGAUCGACCCGGCGGCCUGCCAAUACGAGCUGGAGUACACCGUUGAGCGGUGCAUGGAGAGCGACGAAGGCACGGGGGAGUGGGUAGGGACGUUGGGCUUCAGCCAAGGGGCCAAACUCGCGGCGAGCAUGCUAUACGAGCAGCAGCUCAAGGAGAAGACGGGGCCCUGGAAGUUCGCCAUCAUCCUCGCCGGCCGGGCUCCGCUGGUCAGUCUGAGCGACGAGGCGGAAGAACUGCCGUGGAUGCAGUCCGCAGGCGGCCUCGCCGACGCGGCCGAUGUCGAGAGCAUCCUCGAGCGUCCGGACAUGAAGUUGAAGAUCCCGACGCUGCACGUGCACGGGCUCAAGGACGAAGGCCUCCACCUCCACAGGAAGCUGGUGGAAAACUACUGUGCGCCCGGGACCACGACGCUCAUCGAGUGGGAUGGGCCUCACCGCAUUCCUAUCAAGAAAAGCGAUGUCGACAAGAUAGUCGAUGCAUGGAUCGAGCUCGCGGAUGAAUACGGUGUCUGAUCUUGUUUCGGUCAACAAAGGCCUCGACCUUCUAAAGAACACGCAUCCUGACACUCGCUGUGGUCGUCAAAGUCUGCUUCUACAUAUCCCGGAGAUUCCACCAUCCGCCACUUGUCGACCACAGAGUCGCCUUCACAGCGAGAAGAUGACUCCCUACGGCUUGCAAAGGGAUCGUGGCUUGCUCCCGCUAUCAUAGCUUCACACUUGCUCCGGCCGGUCGGACGCCCCCUUCAGAAGUUUCUCUCCCUUCCUUGCCGAUCUCCCAGCCUCGGUCUCGGUAGCGCUCCGGCCAGAUGCCACACCUCCCUGGUGCAAGUAUCCCGUUAGGGUCGAGGGCGUCCUUGAGUUUCUCGUUGAACUUCAUGAGAGCGUUGUCGUUCCAGUUGUACGUCCGGGCGACUUGGUCCUGGAAGAGAAGAUGGGUACGAUACUCUCCGUAGCCUUGUUUCGCGGCGUCCUCGAUCAUCGACCGCAUGCACUUCUCGACGGCCUUCCUCCUCUCGGGGCUGCCUCGGUCAUAGACUAUGAGAUUGAUCAUGUGGAGCUCCCUCAGCCCCACGCAAAAUGCGAUAAAGAGAUCAACUCCGUGCUCAUCGUGCCUUGUCUUGGCUAUCUUCCACAACUUCAGGGCGUCCGGCCCCCGGGUUGGCGAGACAGGGCUGAACCCCAGAUGGCCGCCGUUAGUUACCCAGUUCAUGUACGAGAGCUCUUCAAAGUCUGGUUCGCCCCCAGCAAUUUUGGCCCGCGACCAGAAGUAGUGGUCCUUUGGUAGCGUCUGGGGAUCGAUCCUUCUGGCACCUGGGAUUUUGGUGAAUUCUCGAUGGACAAUAUCCAGUUUGUAUUUUCGAAUAAUCUCAGGCCCGUAGGAGGUCCCAUAGUAUAUCCAGGAGCAUCGGCCAAGCGGC